CAGCCUUGGGGCUCCCUGUUUGACACACUCAACUGGGGGCAACAGAACAAAUUCCAAGGCAAAGUUUCGAGAACGAUGAUUCAGAGGCUCGCAGAGGACAUUUAUGGGCCUUCCUUCCCAGGCGACCACCCCCCCGCCCCCGCCCCCGCCAGCCCGGGGACACCGCCCGCAGUUCCCACUUCGGGAAAUGCCAAGCGCGCGGCGCCGCCGGGACAGCUCAGCAGCCCCGCAGCCCCUCCGUCCACGCCCGGCUCCUCCUCCUCCUCCUCCUCCUCCUUCCCCGGGGGUGGGGGGAGCCGGCUCCGGAAGCCCCGGCGCCCCCGCCCGGGCCGCCACUGGCGCUUUGGAGAAGGCGGUUCGCGUGCCACGCGGGACCUGAGCUCCCAGCCGCCGCCAGCUCCUUAGGAACCCCCUGACCCCUUCGGAACCCCCAC